AUGCCUCCAACUUUUAUUUUGGCUUCUAUGACUAUAUUAGGUGUCAGCACCAUAACUGGGGUAUUUACCAAUUCACUCAUAAUUGUCGUGAAUGUCAUAGACAAAGUAAAGGGUAAGUGUCUCAGCCCAACGGACCUCAUCUUGAUCACUAUGGGCGCAUCCAAUAUUUUAUUUCAGUUUAUAAUGCUGGCAAAUGAUUUUAUGAGCUUCCUUGAUAGUCAGCUCUCUUUUUCUGAUGAGAUGUAUACUCUAUUCACUGUCAUGUUAAACCUCCCCAUCUACUCCAGCUUUUGGUUCACAGUUUGCCUCUCUAUCAACUACUACCUGCAGAUUGUCAUAUUCACUGAUCCAUUUCUCAUACGCAUCAAGUUUGCAGUCUCCAAACUAAUACCACAGCUUCUUGCGGCUUCAGUUUUCAUAGCAAUAGCUACUGGUUUACCUGCUGCAUGGAACUUGUACAGAGAUCCUGAAAAUGUUAACAUUUCAAGCAGUCAGAGCAUAGAAAUAUCUGUUCCUAAACUGAAAAUCUCAUAUCUGCUUCCUUGUAAUGUCCUGAGCUGCUCACUUCCAUUAGUCCUCGUAGCAAUUGCCAAUGGAUUGAUCGUGAGGUCACUUAUAUCUCACAAUUCAGACAGAAAUACAAAGGGGGAUCUCAGCCAAAGAGCACAAAGUAGAUUUCGGGCAGCAAGGACAAUAAGUUGCCUAAUUAUCCUCUAUAUAUCUUUCUAUGUAUCUGAAAUCCUAAUGUUUGUGGAUGCCUUUUCCCCCAGUAGCCCUGGAUUCUGCAUCUGUUUGUUUGUAAUUUAUAGUUACACUCUGGCACAAUCAAUUGUUCUUAUUUUUGGAAGCCCUAAACUAAAACACAUUUCUUCACAUUUAUUCAGUGAAAUGUAUAGUUUUAAAAGUCAGAAGCCAAAAAAACAUUCUGUCGUGUUCAUCAGGCUGAAACAUAAGCCGAAUAUUCAACUAGAUUAA